AUACUUUAGAUUUAUUAGAUUUAAUUUGGUCUGGAUAAUUUGUGAAAAUGGCUCUCUGCAAACUGCACCUUACACCACCAACUUAAAGAACUUGACAACUCAGGGCUCCAAAUCUAAACAAAUAUUUAGGCUAGUUAUUGUGGCUGGAACAGUACCAGUUGUUGGUAUUGCAGUUGGCUACAGGAUGAGGAGUCAGCAUUUAGUGGCUAGUUCUACACCAGAAAAAAGAUUGUAUAAAAUACGUGAAUUACCAUUAUAUCCUGUGAAUAAUAAGGAUUCAUUUAAAGAAGAACCAUUUCCACGCAAUGUUGUUGAAGCCUACAUUAGCAGUAUGCGGAAAUCUGUUGUGGAUUUUUUCAGUCAGUAUGAAGAGAGCUUUAAAACAUUUCAGGCUAAAACACAGACCAGUAUUGAUCACUCUAAAGCAACUUUGGACUACAUACAGAACAAUCCUGGAGAACUACCUCGUGUCAUCUUUAUAGCUGUGGCUGGUAUGGGUGGAGUUGUCUUGGGCUACAGAGGUGGAGUAGUCAAAAAGUUAACCUAUGGAACCAUUGCGGGUCUGUCCUGUGCUUCACUUUGUUAUCCAAAGAAAAGUGUAGAAUUAGCCAAUCAAUUCUCAGACACUAUUCAAAAAUUAUGGAAGGAAUCUGGUGUGAAGUCAUCACUCUCUGAAAUCUGGCCACAAACCCAACAAGGACAAGACGCUAAGGUGCAGCUACCACAAAAGAAACUGAAAUUCAUGGCCACCGAAGUCUCCUACACACCACCAGCAGCUGGUCAACUCCAAGGAGAUCUGGGUCAGUCCAACCCCGAAGAUAAAGACAUGUAUAGCACAAGAUCCUCCUAAUGUAUUGUGAUCUAUACAUUUGACACACUAAUUUUGUACUGUACAUUCACAUACUGUACAUUUAAUAUGAAUAACAAGCAAUACAAACAUAAAAUGUGACUGUAAGUGAAAACAUUAAAUGUGGAAAUUUCAGAGAGAUGGAAAGCCCAAAGAUUUAUUUACUAAUAAAAUCAGUAGCUAUAUAUUCAA